GGAGCAAUACAUUUUUUUUUUACUUUGACGACGUGUUUUGCAAUCCAACAAAGUUGUGCGUAAAUCUUUGUGCUCGUGUCGUGCAGCGGUGCUGGAUUUUUCGUCGUCGUUGUGAUGUUUUAAUUAAAAUUGCUGGGUUGACCAGAAAACAUGCAGAUCUUCGUCAAGACGUUGACGGGUAAGACCAUCACCCUCGAGGUCGAACCUAGUGACACUAUCGAAAAUGUAAAAGCCAAGAUCCAAGACAAAGAAGGAAUUCCUCCCGAUCAGCAACGUUUGAUUUUCGCCGGUAAACAACUCGAAGAUGGACGUACUCUUUCCGAUUACAAUAUCCAAAAAGAAUCGACGUUACAUUUAGUAUUAAGAUUGAGAGGAGGUGCCAAAAAAAGGAAGAAGAAGAAUUACUCUACGCCUAAGAAAAUCAAACAUAAGAAGAAGAAGAUUAAGCUCGCCGUUUUGAAAUUCUACAAAGUUGACGAAAACGGAAAGAUUUUCCGUCUUCGUCGGGAAUGCCCCAUGGAACGUUGCGGAGCUGGAGUUUUUAUGGCUGCGAUGUCCGAUAGGCAUUAUUGUGGUAAAUGCGGUUACACGUUAGUUUACGAUGGCAACGAAGGCAAAUAAUUUUUAUAAUUAAUGGUUGGAAAUAAACAUUAAAUCUACGUUUU